AUGCCAAGAGUUGCGGAGCUUCGCCCCGCUGGGCGCAGCAAAUUGUGUGAUCCUUCCCCUUUGGUGCGCCGCGCGGCCUUCAAAGCGGUGAGUUCGUGGCUGGAAGAAAGCGCUGAGUGCUGUGGUGGAGAGGCCAGAGAUUUUCAAGAAGCCGGAGACUUGCUGCGACGGCUUCGAGGUGAAUCCGCACAGAUCCGCAGUCAAACCUUGGCCGUGCUGGAGCGGGUUGUAGAUCGUCUUUGCACCUUGCGUGCACACCCUGGCGUCGGUGGAGCUGGCAUUCGCGAUGUCCUUGCAGCGCAUUGUAAAGGAAUGGAAGGAUCAGAUGCCAGGGUGGCCAUUGCCCUAUGCAUUCUUGAGUCUUUGCCCAAGGGCCCAGAGCCAGAUAAGUCAGCGCAGCUGGAGUUCUACCUCUCCAUUCUUGCUCAGUUGAGCGUGGAGUGUCCGGAAGCUUUCCGCAAGAAGUUGGACCGCUUUGUGGAGUGGCUUCAAUGCCCGAGUGGCUCCAAGGAAUCCUCUUUGGCGUUGCCCAUGGCUGCGUGCAACAUUCUGGCACAAGUGCUGCCCAGCUGGGCCACAACUGCGUCAAGUCUUGCUAAGCAAAAAGUCACAGAUUCCCUUGCAGGGAGUGGCCAAGGAGAGGCAAAGCAACGCCGCAGCCUGAACUUCUUAUCAUUCAAAUUACCUGCGAUGCCAAAGAAUGUCAGAGAACAUGGCCCUUUGACCCAGAACGGUCUUUGGCUCGCGCAUCUUUUGUGA